CUCUGUUUGUACACGUGGUUCUUGAUCCCGCCCUCGACAUUCAAGGUUGCUCUGGUUAGCGAAUUUCCCUGCACACUCCGGCCAUCGCAACACGUCAAUCAUGCAAAUCAGAACCCUCGCCCCGCUCGCCCUGUCUCUCGCGACGAUCUUCCCUGGUCUAUUUGUCAAUGCAGCAAGCGUGAGCCAUACUGGUCUGCAAUCUUCCUCCGCACGCGCCGCCGCCGGAAGCAAGUAUACGAAAGCGCACUCACUGGGCGACUCUUACAAGUUCGACCCACGCGACGGAUGGCGAACGCUCAACGCCAGUGAUGCCCAGUACAAGUACCGACGCGACAAGGCUCCCGCUCUCAAGGCGAACGACAAGUCGAAGGCAGUGGGCCCUCUCAAGACAAUCUCGGAUGGGGUGCAAGUGCUGAGUGGUAUAUGGAAGGGUCUCAAGGGCAUCGGUUCUCCUUCCUCAGUGACGAUCACUUGGUACACGGGUCACGAUCUUCUCAAUCCGAGUUGUUGGGCGAAGACCGACUGGGCUCCUACGGACCAGUCUUUCGUUUGUGCUGUGACGAUGGAGGGCUGGACGGACAAACCUCAGUGUUUCAAGUUCAUCGAAAGUAUGUCAAUUCGACAGGAAAGCAGUGCUCAUUCAUCAUGCGUUCAGUAUGCAAUAAACCACAAAAAUGCAUCUUUGUUCGCGUCGUCGAUACUUGCGCAGGCUGUCGCACGGGUUCUCAACAUCUUGACCUUACGCGAAGGGGAUUUGCAGAACUUGCCGAUCUUGACACAGGUAUUCUUACUGUCUCUUGGCGGGAAGCCUCUGGCCCAGAUGAUUGGAGCGAAGAUCUCUGGGGACCCAAAAGCUGAGCGACACACUCCAUCAACAACCUAGAUUCGUCUGCACAUACUACUGUACUUCUAUCUCACACUGUAGCAUUCAUUGUAACUAUCCAUUUCAACCCUAUGCCUGCAAAGUGACGCGCUUACGCUUCUUCCCUUCGGCAAUCUUAGCCUUGACCUUUUCCUCGUCCAUGCCCUCUUCCUCGUAGAACUGUGCGACUCGCUGAGAGUCAUUGCGCCGGCGGAUGUACUGUAGAGCUGCAAGGUUAUAUCCGAUGAGAUCCUUCUGUCUCUGCAGAGCACUGCGCAGAUUCUUCCGCAAGGGCAUCAGUGCAGUCCUCAUGAUACGAUUGGCGACGAUCUGAUGGUGAUGUGUUUUCAGCAAGAAGAAGAGAACGCGAGAGACGAGUGUGAUAUUCCAGUCCUUAGGCCUGGGGUCAGCGACGGUCACACUGAGCAGAAAGGACCUCACUCGUUGAGCCCAGAUGUUCAAGUAGUUCAUUAGCGAAACAACUUUGCCAAAAGGCAAAACGAGCAGAGCGUCCAAUAACGCUGUGCUCUGAACUCUUUCAACGACACGAAGAACCCAGGCUUCGGGCUCCAGGUCGUACGCGGCCAGUACAGCAUUCCGGGGCGGCGGUGCAAGCUGAAGAGAUUCGUUCUGUCCCCGAGAAACGGCCUCCUCGUAUUCUCGGAAAAUGGCUCGCUCCCCGUCGGCGAGAUCCAACGCUUCAAUGAUGCGCUCUCCGGCCAUGAGGGUUUCGGUCGUCUGCUUGGAAACAGUAGUGGCCUCUGUCGCCGGUCUCUCUGAAUCCUGGUUGAGUCCUAGCGGUCCGCCCGAUUCCUUGUUCAGUGUGUCCGCGAUCCCAGUUUCAUAGAUCUUCUCCAGUUCUUUUUCCCUCUCCUCUUCGAGGAACAACUGAAAGCAGUGUUGGCAAACCUCCGCAUGCAGGGGAAAGAUGACCUACAGGCUCGUCUAACUUCUCCCAGACACGGAUCGAUUUGUCAUGCGAUCCGGUGACUACGAAGUCACCGCGGUUGCUCAGCGUCAAAGCCCAAACUUCGCUAUGAUGGCCGUCUAGUUUUUGGAUGUUUUCG